GUCGGAAGAAAUUCGCUCACGGUCCUUCUCUUUCCGCGUCUGUUUAGGAGUAGAGCGUGAUUUCAGGAACAGACGAACAUAGUCUUCAAAAUGCAGGACCCUAACGAAGACACGGAAUGGAACGAUAUCUUGAGGAAGAAAGGCAUCCUUCCGCCCAAGGAGACGCCGAAAGAGGACGAGGAGGAGGAGGAGCGGCUGUUUCAGCAGCAAUCCGUCGUGAAGACGUAUGAGAGCAUGACUCUGGAGGAGCUCGAGGAGAACGAAGAUGAGUUCAGUGAAGACGACGAGGCCGCCAUAGAAAUGUACAGGCAGAAGAGGCUGUCGGAGUGGAAGACCAAUCAGCUGCAGAACGUGUUUGGGGAGGUGAACGAGAUCUCAGGACAGGACUACAUCAAGGAGGUCAACAAGGCUGGGGACGGCAUCUGGGUCAUACUGCACCUCUACAAGCAGGGGAUCCCAUUGUGUACUCUGAUAAAUCAGCACUUGAGUGCUCUGGCGCGUAAGUUUCCUCAGACCAAGUUCCUGAAGUCCAUCUCCAGCACCUGCAUCCCCAACUACCCCGACCGCAACCUGCCCACCAUCUUCGUCUACCGCGACGGAGACAUGAAGGCCCAGUUCAUAGGACCACUCGUCUUCGGAGGGAUGAACCUCAAAGUCAACGAGCUGGAGUGGAAGCUAUCUGAAUCGGGGGCGAUAAAGACGGACUUGGAGGAGAAUCCUCACAAACAGAUCCAGGACCAGCUCAUGACCUCGAUACGCUGCUCCGCCCCCAGCAAACACCACGACGACUCCGACGACGACUAAUGCUCCAUGCCCACCAUAAGAGUUACUGACUAACACACACACACACACACACACACACACACACACACACACACACACACACACACAGGAUGUGUGUGGACACUAUGGAAACGGUUUUGUAUGAAUCCCUAUAAAGUCGGUCCCAGAGAUAAAGGACUGUUUUCUGAA